AUGCGGCUGCUGCUGGGGGCAGCGCUCCUGUGCCUCGGCCUGCGCCCGGGCCACGGCUCCGAGGAGGCAGCGCCCGACAGCCCCGGGCACCAGGACCCGCAGGCGGCGGCAUCCUAUUCCGACUGGGGCAUCGACACCAUCCGCGACGGCUUCGAAGCUGUCAACAGCUACUUCGACUCCUUCCUGGAACUGCUCGGGGGGAAGAACGGGGUCUGUCAGUACCGCUGCCGAUACGGGAAGGCUCCCAUGGCGCGGCCUCACUACAAACCCCAGGAACCCAACGGCUGUAGCUCCCAUUUUCUGGGGCUCAAGGUACCUGAACGUCUAGACUUGGGCAUCCCUGCCAUGACCAAGUGCUGUAACCAGCUGGAUGUUUGCUAUGACACCUGUGGGGCCAACAAGUACCGCUGCGACGCCAAGUUCCGCUGGUGCCUGCACUCCAUCUGCUCCGACCUCAAACGCAGCCUGGGCUUCGUCUCCAAGGUGCAAGCCUGUGAAUCCAUGGCAGACACGGUGUUCAAUGCAGUCUGGACCCUGGGCUGCCGGCCCUUCAUGAACAGCCAGAGGAGCGCCUGCAUUUGCAGCGAGGAGGAGCGCGAUGAGCUGUGA